CUCUCUCCUCAUCCCAUUUCUUUACUCUCUCUCUACAAAAUACUUUUGCUUUCAUUUCGUUCUCUCUCUCUCUUUCGCCCAUAUCUCAAGCUCUUUCCUUCUCUCUCUGUAAUGGCGGAAACACCAUUAAAACGCCAGAGAGAAGAAACCCAUGUCGUAGAAGACGAAAUAGAACAACAAGACCCAAAACGCCAGAAGUCCUUUACCCACAUACUCUCUCUCCUCGAAGAGGAAGAAGAUCACGAACCCCACCAAGACUUCUCUUCUAUCCUCUCCACCCUCCAACAAGAGCUCUCCUGCUCCGACUCUGACCCUUUCUCUCUCCCCGGAUCCGAGACCGACCCGGACAAAGAUAACCCGGUUCCCUCUCAUGGUGAAGAUGAUGAAGACGAGCGAGAGAGGGUGAUGAGACACCUUCUCGAAGCCUCUGAUGAUGAGCUUGGUAUACCCCACAGAAUGGACGGUGGUGAUGGUGAUUAUGGCCAGGUGACGGACGGUGGAGAUGCGUUCGGGUUGUGGGAGUUGGAAGACGAGGCUGCGAAUUACUACACCUUGUUGCAGGCUGAACUUUUCAUGUAGGUCCUUCUGUUUGGGGGUUAGAGAUAGAAAAUGGGAAAUAUUGGGGGGCUUGAAAGAAAAAAGAUGGAGGAUGAAAAAAGAAUGAAGGCGUUUUUUGGGGAUUUCAUUUUGGUGCCCUCAUCUUUUGUAAAAUUCGAAAAGUUUCCCCGUUUUCUCUUCUGAAAUUAUUUAGAUUAAAAAUUUAGGAGAAAAAUGUUAGUUCACAAUUUUUAUUCCAUUAUUCCAAUUUUUCUCUUUAUGGAAAUGGAAAAAGAGCAGGAUUGAAAUUAGUUAUGACUCA